AUGCUGUUUUCUUGUACACCGUAUGAAUUGGUGUCAUUCGUGUUGGAAAAACUUUCUUUUUCUGGUCAAUUUGGUUUGCCUUUACUGGAAUUAUGGAGCAUCAUUCAACGCAAGCUAAAACUGGAUAAUCUUGAUGAUUUCCAAAAACAGACUAUAUGGCAAUGGCUCUUUUUCUGCUUAGAAGAGGAUGAACAACUACAGCUAUAUAUAACACGAAACUCGGUUACGGUGUCCAUCCUUCCGAACUAUUCUAAUUUCAUUAAGACAGAAGGAGAGGAAGAAUCUCUCCGGGUUCUACCUACACCUGAUGCACAAUGUUACUAUCUAACCGGCGUUGCAGAUAAUAAGAAGUUCAGGCAAUCGCUUGGGGAGAUGAGUUUUCAAUUGCUAUGUGAAAUUGCAAAAUAUGGGGCAGAUGGAGUUUAUUCUCCAAAUUUAUGUAAAGCAACGGGGCAGGAUCCACGUUCAUUACCAGUACGUUUUCGUAAAUUGGAAGAGAUGGGACUAAUAGUGAGGAAGAAUGUUUAUAAUUCAAAGACUCGUCAACAUACAAAUUUAACGAUGCACUCUAAAUUUGCCAUGUUUUCGGAGAAUGAGAGGAAUGUGGAAGAUGCUAAGGGGAGUGCGGCAAAGCUUAAGCCCCGUAUUGUUCAAGCGGUUAAGGAAGCUCCAAAUCAAAUUAGAUCGUUUAGAGAUUUGAGAGCCGAAUUGAAAAUGGAUAUAAACCGGACUGUGACGAGAUAUUUUGGAACAUUAAUUGAAUCUCUUGAAAGUGGUGGAUAUGUGGAAAGGGUAAAUGCUAAAGGACCGAACGAUACUAGAUUAUUGUACUCCAUUAAAUAUGUAAAGGACUUGCCCAAGAACACGGCAGAGAUUGCCGAUUAUGUUGAUGUAUUUAAUACUACAACGACAAGGUAUGACGCUGAUGAUGAUGAUGACAAUAAAGAGAUUGAGCAAGUUGAAAAUGUUCCUCCAUCAAUUAAUAAGUUCUUCCCUGUCCCCAACCAGCUUUUCAGGGCAAUUGAAAUGUCUGGAAAUCAAGGUAUUGCUUUGAAGGUUUUCUUGCAAUCUAUCUGUGGUAAUCAUCACAAGACAAUGACAAGACUCCUUGAGGCAUUGGUCAGCUACACAUUUGAUGGUAAAUCCUUGGUUCCGUUUAAAAACUUUGAAGACGAAUGCAACAGGACAUCCAUAGUCAGGGCAUAUGACUUUGAGGGAAAGUUUAAAUUUUAUCGGUAUUUUGCAAGAGGUAACCACCCUCCUACGGAUGUGAAGCCUCACAAGCACCAACGACCAAAAUUAAAAAUGAUCCAUUCAACCAUUGAAAAGAUUAAUGGGACGUUAAAUAUUCCUUUGGGAAAUAUUCCAAAGGGUCCACUUAUGGCCAAGUUUCAAAAAGGAGAAGCUGUUCCAAAGGCAACCCCUUCACAUAAGGAAAAGGUUGAAGAAAAUGAGUGGAAAGAAACAGAGGAUGUUGAAAGUGCUGAAAGCGAUGAGAAUUUUGAAAGCGAUGAAGGUGAAUUGAAUGAAGAACCUGCUUCGCCCAUUGGAAUUGAUGAUAUUGAACCAAUUAUACCUCGAUUCGAAGUGCGCCCGAUCCGUAAAUCUAGUGGCCGUGGAAUUUCUGCCGAGACUAUCAAGGGUACAAAGAGAAGAGCAGAAUUACUCAGUCUAAUCAAGCUGUUGGGAGGAGUUGCAUAUGCAACAGCUUCGUUGAUUAAGAUGUUAGAUGAAAGACUUUCCCUGACUACGCGAACUGAUACAAAAACUUUAGCUCGAGAUGUUUCUCUCUUAGUUGAGUCUAAAGAUUUGGAAACCAAAUUGUUCCAUGUGAUGAAAAAUGGUCAGCCAACUGCCAAAACAUUAUUGAUUAUAACAGAAGAAGGUUAUAGACCUUCAAAGGAAAAAAUCGAAAAGGCUAAGGAAGACUUUUUGAAAGAAAAUGGUCUCAAUUAUCCACCCACGUUAAAGCCCAAACGUAUAGUAGAAAGUGAGGUGACCUUCUAUAAAAUUCCAGCACCAGCUAAGAAGAAGGAACUGAAGAGAAGGUUGGCUUCCUUGGAUGAGCGUGUUACCUCUGCGCCACUAGUACGGAAAAAGCCAACCGUGGUAAAUGAAACUACCACUCCUUCGUUAUCAGAUAUUGAAGAACAAGAACCAGAACAAGAGCAAGAACAAGAAGAAAAGUUGACUGAUUUGGUCUCUAAGAGACAUAGAAGAAAGGCUAAACCCGGUAAGAAGAAAGUGGAUGGUACUAAGUCUAGGACCCCCCGUGGAUUCAGAUCAACAUCUAAAUUUGAUAAAUCAGAUGCUACCACUCUUUUCCGUGCUGUCUGUAUUUCCAAAUGUUUUAGCAAAGGUCCGAUUAAUUUUCCUUCCAUUGCCAAUUUAUUUGAAGGAAUGGAUGCCAAGAGCUGUAAACAAAAGUGGACGAUUGUAAGAAAGCUGGUAGGUGGAUUGCCUGCUGUUAGCAAGGGGGUUGAAGAAUUUGAAAGUAUCAUUCUAAAAGCAAUUCGUGACGAAAUAGUAUCCAGUAAAGAUUUAGAACAAGUGCAAUAUCCCUUCUUUUUGGAUUUGUGGAGAGAGUCAACAAGUUCCCCAAUUGAGAUUGAGGAUAAAACUCCAUUAUUCUAUUCAGUUGAUGAUAACUUACAGAGAUAUAAUAGAGUGAUAUCUAUUGAUGUACAGCAGGAUUUGUUUGAUCAAAUGGAAGAUAAUUCUAUGAGGCAAAAAGAGCUACGUCUUAUUGGCGCACCAUUUUUCUAUAGCGAUGAUUAUUCAUUUAAUGUGAAGCCACAUGAUGCAAUUAGAACGGCUUUAAAAGCUAUAUUUUCAACUGCUGAAGAAAACUUCUCCGCCAGCGCUGUCAAUAAGUUAUUGGCUGAACAUGGUGAUGAUUUAACGAAGGAAGCUUCUUCAGCAUUAAUCAAAGAGAAGGAAAUGAUCUAUUAUGGCUCUGAUGAUACAAAUAGCAGAUUCAUGUUAACUGAUAGAGUCUUUAAUUGUCUUGUUGUUAGGAUGUCGCCUUCAUUUUUGCAACAGGCUUCAAGGUUCUGGGAUAACCUAUUCUCCAUAAUAGAGUCUUCGAAGGGUUUAAUUCUUUCACAAGGAAUUCUCAGUGGUGAAAUGGCACAGUUGAUGCAAUUAAUUUCAUCAGACGUGGUAUCUUUAGCCCAUAUAGAUAAGACUUAUACAUUUGAUGGUUAUGAAUCCCGAUUAAUUAAUAAAGAUAAGCUCAUUUGUGACAUAGUUGUCUAUGGCGAUCAGAAGUCAAAUUUAAGUUCUGAUUAUCCCCAUGAAAAUAAAGUACCUGUGCCCGCAGGGAAGGCUGGUUCUCAUAUAUGGUUAGGCUUGGAUGGAGCUAUAAAUGAGACCCUUUGGAUCAAAAUUAUAGUCGCAGUACUUCAUCAUAUUCAUACACGACCUGGAAUUCCUGGGCAUAUCAUUUACAACAAAUUGCAAUCAACCUUGGGCUACAAUGAUUUUCAAGCAGUUAUUGAUUGGUUGAUUGCAAGUAAGUGUAUUUACGCUGGUGAUUGUUCGGGCUAUUGGCUUUCAGAUCCGUGGUUAUCUAUUCUUGGUUCAUAA